GGGGGAAAGGCGGAAGUGGCGGUAGGCUCGGCGGGGCUGAAGAAAGGGCCGGGCGGAGGAAGGCCCAGUCCCUUCGCGGAGGUACUAACCCGGCUUCUUCUCUUCGUCUGCGACGUCCUCACGGGGAGUAGGGCCAACGGGCGGGAAGAUGGCGGUGGAGUCUCGCGUUACUCAGGAGGAGAUUAAGAAAGAACCGGAGAAGCCCAUCGAUCGGGAGAAGACCUGCCCCCUUUUACUACGGGUCUUCACCACUAACAAUGGGCGCCACCACCGCAUGGAUGAGUUUUCUCGAGGAAAUGUACCCUCCAGUGAGCUUCAGAUCUAUACCUGGAUGGAUGCAACUCUAAAAGAACUGACCAGUUUAGUGAAAGAAGUCUAUCCAGAAGCACGAAAGAAGGGCACACAUUUCAACUUUGCAAUUGUUUUCCCAGAUCUUAAAAGGCCCGGCUACAGGGUGAAGGAGAUCGGCAGUACAAUGUCAGGCAGAAAGGGCACAGAUGAUUCCAUGACCCUGCAAUCUCAGAAAUUCCAGAUAGGUGACUACUUGGACAUAGCAAUUACACCUCCAAAUCGAGCACCACCUCCAUCAGGUCGCAUGAGACCUUACUAAUAUUUUGGUUUCUUCCAGUGACCGCACCAUUUGCAUGAUUAUAGGUUGAUCUGGGGAAGAAUUUUUUUUAACACAGAACAAGAAUGCUAGACAACUCCUUAAACCUUGGAGAUACCAAUUCUUUUUUUUUAACUAUAUGCUUAGAACAGCAUUCUUUCAACUGCUUGGAUAAGUUUUCUCUCUCCAGUUAAUCUGAAAACAGGCCUCUCCAGUAUUUCCAAAAUACAUGAAGUGUGGCUAGAGCACCAUAAGCAGUCUUGUGAGGAUUUUGUAAUUCCUUUGUUAUAGAGCAAAUUUGUUAUAAUGCCACCCAACUGUUAAUGUAUGAGCAUGGGUAAUAAAGUGGGU